UUCAGAAAAAAUCAGGGGUGCGAUACUUCUGUUCCAGACACUCUAAUAAGCGAAUUUAUUCGUUUUGUUUUAUCGAAGGGCACGAUAGACGCGCAUAGUUUGUCGAAUUUAAUGAGAUGACGUCAUAGUGUUUAUCGAUUUCAUGAUGUUAACAAUGGAAGUUCUGUGAAUUUUUAGGAAAAGUUCUCGUGUUUUUGGUCAAAUAUUUACUAUGGAUGUCGUGUAAUGGACUAUUGCAGUCAAAACAGACGGAUGACAUCAUCGAAUCAAAAUUUACACAACAACAACAAAAGGUGCUCAACUUUAAUCGGAAGAUGGAGAUUUUCUGGAACAGUUUAUUCACACUCUUUCUCUGGCUCAGAGUGCCAUCUAUUUCUGCUAACCAGUGGAGUGCCAAAGUCCCCAAAUCAGUGGUGGGUCUGGCUGGCUCAUGUGUGGUGAUUCCUUGUAAUUUCAGCUACCCAUCAGAUGGAAAGACAUACACAGAGUUUACAGGAAUCUGGUACACAGAAAAUUAUGACAUAGUCUACCAUAAAGAGACCUCCAAAAUCAUCCAGAAAUUCAAGGAUCGCACUAGCCUCCUUGGAGAUUUGCAUAACAAAAACUGCACUUUAAAAAUCAGCUCUCUGCAGCACAGUGACAAAGGGCCAUUCAUGUUCCGGAUUGAGAUAAAGGACCUUAACAUGUACACAUACGGUGACAUGAAAGUUUCUGUAAAUGUGAAAGAUGCACCAGAACAACCUACCGUCUCUGUGACAGAGGAAGUGACAUCAGGGACACAGGUGACAGCUACCUGUGUUGUGACCCAUUCCUGUCCAUCAGACCCUCCACGUUUCACCUGGAGCCAUAACGGCAACAGCAUGAGUCAAUCUCAGGAACAAGAUGCCGGUCAAUGGACGCUGACAUCAUCUCUCACUUUCACUCCAUCUAGAGAGGACCAUAAUAAACGUCUCAUUUGCUCAGCUGAGAUCACUGGAGAGAAGAAAGUGACAGGCUACAAAACGCUCAAAGUUAAAUAUCCUCCAUAUAAUGUCAGUGUGGUUAUAAAUCCACAAGAAGUGAAAGAGCAUGGCUCUUUAGAUGUGACCUGCAACAGUGACAGCAACCCUCCUGCACAGAGCUACCAGUGGUUCAGCUUAAAUGGAGCAAUACUGGCAAACACACAAACUCAUAGACUGGAGAAAGUGUCUCGGUAUACUGAGGCCAUUUCCUGCACAGCCAAAAACACAGAGGGAGAAAGCAGUUCCAGUCCACAGAAGAUUAACGUGUUGUAUCCUCCACAUAAUGUAAAUGUGGUCAGUAAGCCAUCAGUGAAGGAGAACAGCUCUGUAGAAGUGACCUGCACCAGCGAUAGUAACCCCCGUGCAGACAAAUACCAAUGGUUCAGCUUAAAUGGGACUUCGUUAGGAAAUGAACAGAAUUAUACUCUAGAGAGAGUGUAUCGGCAUUUUGAAGCCAUUUACUGUACAGCCAUUAACAGAGAGGGAAAAAAUAACUCCAGUCCAUGGAAACUUAAUGUGUUGUAUCCUCCAGAGAUUAAAAAUGGAUCUUCCUGCAAGUCCGAAAUAUCUACAGUGUGUGAGUGUAUUGUGGACUCCAACCCCCCUAGUGAAGUGAAGUGGUUUGGUCCAGAUUCUUCCAGAACCUUGCCCAGCUCCAGUAUCCAUCAAAACAAGUCUAUUACCAUAUUUACCAUUGAGGGAGGGCUGAGUUUCCCCAAGACUCUCCAUUGCUAUGCCACUAACAGUGAGGGGAACACUUCCAUUACCUUCCAGAUACCUCAGAAUGGUGUCAUAUUAUAUCUUGCUGUUGCUGUCUCUGUUAUUGUAGUUAUUUUAAUGGCCAUUUUAGUGUGUGUAGUAAGAAGGCACUGUGGACGCAGAGCUACACAACAGCCUAAAAUGAGUAUUAAGAAUGAACAUAAUGAAUUGAAGACAACCCCAAAGUCUUGUUUAGAGAAUGAAGAAGAGAAAGGCAGUGACACAGAUAUUUAUACAAACUCAGUCGACCAACCUGUCUAUGACAAUUUUGGGUGUGAUGAGCAACAACUUGAAGAUAUGGAUGAAAAUGCAGUCUACGCUAACAUGUAAAUGUGUCAUCCUACCAGAAAUAAUGCAGAGAAAGACCAAGAAAGGAACAUGAAUGUUGACGUCUGCAGGCAAGAUUAUGCAGUUCAACUUUUUAAAGACGAUGUGCCUGCAACUGAGAAAUACUUGUAUGAUAUCAUGAAAACUAUGCACGUGAAUAACAAACAUUAGUAGCACAGAGCACUAUAAACAUAUAGGGGAGACAAGGGCUAGUUGUCACAUUUUUUGCUUAUGUGAAUUUUUUAUGUUUAUUUUUGGAAGUCAAUCUCUGUACAAGCAUAUACCAAGUAGAGCAAGUCCUGGCAACAACAACAAUAAAAAGAUAAUUUAACAUAAUUACUGUUUAUAUAACACACGUCGGCCUCAUGAUAGCAAUAUCUUUGCUUUGGCCAAAAGAUAAAUUUAAAACACAUGUGAACUGUGUAAAUAUCUCUUCAGCUUUUUGGUAAUUUCUGUUUGGAGUAUAGAUUUCACAAAAAUUAUUCAAAUGUAAGAGGGUUUUGAAUAUGAUGUUUGAAACCAACACAUACAUUUACUGCUUGAGAAAACGUCCAUUUUUUAUAUUAAUUGCACAAUAAUUAGACUUUUAACUCAAAAACGUACUGAGACGUAGCCCUGAUGACAUCUUGCCACAGGCUCCCCUAUAAAAAGUGCAUUGUAUACAGUUUAAAGGCAAAAUAUGUGUAUUUCAUAUGAUAUUUAAUGCUUUUGAGUUCAGACUGCCUUUCUCAUUAUUAUUAUUAUUAUUAUUAUUAUUAUUAAAUGGCAUGCAGAAAACAUCCUUUUAUCCUGUCUGAUAUCAUUUAAAUAGCUAUCAUGAAAUGUCACAUCUGUCUUUGUAACAGCCAUAGGCUCGGUGUGGUCCAGAUCAUUUGUUUAGCUAAUAA